AUGGUCCGAGCACAGGUCUACCGACAAUAUGCUGAGUUGAUCGAGACCUUGUAUACUGCGGAAGCAUGCGCCGAUGCGGUGUUUGAACUGGGUAACAUAUCGCAGCUGGCCCAGUAUAUCUGUGCGUUGCAGAGCGGAAGUGUCAUAUCCACAGCCGAAGACACUGUUUCACUCAUGAAUAACCUGAUUAAGAGAUACUCCCUGUUUCGGAAAUAUCUGCCGUGUCCGGAAACCCCACGGAGGAUAAAGAGCGUACUGUUAACAGGAGCAACUGGUUCAGUGGGCGCACACGUGCUGUUUGAACUGCUGAACGAUGACUCGGUGUCGACCGUAUACUGUCUCACGCGGAAGUCAUCUCCGCUGAAGGCAACAUCAAAGGUCGUGGGUCUGAAUGGCUCACUGGACCGGCCUGAUUUUCGCCUAGACCCAGUGGGGAGGGUCGGAUCUUUCGUCAUAUUGUCUCUGAUCAUCCAUACCGCAUGGCCGGUUAACUUUAACCUCCCUCUCACCCACUUCGAGCCCCACAUCCGGGGACUCUAUAACCUUAUUGGGUUUUCGCUUUCGGUUCGAAGACUCGAGCCUGCGGUCAUGAUGUUCUGCUCUUCUAUCUCUUCGGCGCUGGGUGCCUCCUCUGCCACGAUCUAA